UCUGCCUCAGGUGACAGUAAACCUGAAAGUAAAGAACCUGCUCAGAGACGACGCUGACGCACUCCUACAACAUGGAGUCACCUGGACCUGGCCCCGGGUCUAAACCCAGACCUAAACCUGCUCCCAGCUCUAUGUCUCUGAAAAGUGACCGCUCCAAAGCCUAUCCUCCAGACUUUAGAGAAGCUCCUCCUGAAGACCAGAGGGAGCCAGGCACAAAGGAGCAGCUGGACGCCAUAUUCAGGCGUCUGGAGGAGGACGUCCUGACUUUUGUCAAAGAGCAGCUGCAAAGGCUCCACGGGCUCCUGGCCUCAGAUUACCCAGAAUGCUCUGAGAGUGAGGAGGAGGAGCAGAGCAGCAGAGAGGCGGUUCUGAACAUCACCCUGGACUUCCUGAGGAGGAUGGACCAGGAGCAGCUGGCUCAGCGCCUACAGGACAGAAACACUGUUGGAGUUUGUAGAGAUAAACUGAAGAGGCAUCUGCAGCAGAGGUUCAGCCGAGUGUUUGAGGGCGUGGCUAAAGCAGGAGACUCCACCCCCCUGACCCAGAUCUACACAGAGCUCUACAUCACAGAGGGCGGAGCCUCAGAGGUCAACCAGGAACAUGAGGUCAGACACAUGGAGACUGCAUCCAGGAGACCGGCUUCUCCAGAGACCACCAUCACAUGUGAAGACCUCUUUAAAGCCCGCCCACAUUCACCAGAGCCAAUCAGAGCGGUGCUAACAAAGGGCGUGGCCGGCGUAGGGAAAACAGUGCUGACUCAGAAGUUCUGUCUGGACUGGACUGAAGGCAGAGCCAACCAGGACCUCCAGCUGCUGUUUCCGUUCACUUUCAGAGAGCUCAAUGUGCUCAGAGACACACAGUUCAGUCUGGUGGGUCUGCUGCACCACUUCUUCAGUCUAUCCAAAGGUCUCUUCAGCUUCCAACAGCUUCAAUUGCUUUUCAUCUUUGACGGUCUGGACGAGUGCAGACUUCCUCUGGACUUCAGCCGAACCCCAGUACUGACCAACCCCACAGAGUCCACCUCAGUGCAUGUGCUGCUGGUGAACCUCAUCAGGGGGAGCCUGCUUCCCUCCGCUCACCUCUGGAUAACCACACGCCCCGCUGCAGCCAAUCAGAUCCCUGCUGAGUUUGUCUUCAUGGUGACAGAGGUGCGAGGGUUCACUGACUCAAAGAAGGAGCAGUACUUCAGGAAGAGGUUCAGAGACCAGGCCACAGCCGUCAUCUCCCACAUCAAGAGCAUCCGCAGCCUCCACAUCAUGAGCCACAUCCCGCUCUUCUGCUGGAUCCUCUCCACAGUUAUACAGAAGCUUCUGGAACAGACACAGGAACCAGAGCUGCCCUGGACUCUCACACAGAUGUACAUCCACUUCCUGGUGGUUCAGGCCAAAGUCCAGAACAUCAAGUAUCACCAGGGAUCAGGGGUGGACGUUCACUGGACUCCAGAGACCAGGGAGAUGGUGCGGUCUCUGGGAAAACUGGCCUUUGAGCAGCUGCAGAAAGGAAACCUGAUCUUCUACGAGUGUGACCUGAGUGAGUGUGGGCUGGACGCUGCAGUGGCCUCAGUGUACUCCGGAGUGUUCACACAGGUCUUUAGAGAGGAGCCAGGCCUGUACCAGGACAAGGUCUACUGCUUCAUCCAUCUGAGUGUGCAGGAGUUUCUGGCUGCUCUUCACGUCCAUCAGAUGUUCACAGUGUCUGGAGUCAACCUGCUGGAGGUUCAACAAACUUCUUUUUUUGCUCGAUUGUUCAAAAACAAGACUGAACUGAGUUUUCUGCACUGCUCUGCUGUGGACCAGGCCUUACAGAGUCCAAACGGACACCUGGACCUGUUCCUGUGCUUCCUCCUGGGGCUGUCUCUGCCGACCAAUCAGAGCCUGCUGCAGGGUCUGCUGACUCAAACAGAAAGUGACUGGACCAAUCAGAAGACAGUAAAAUACAUCAAACAGAAGCUGAAUGAAAAGGGUCUGUCUGCAGAGAGAAGCCUGAACCUGCUCCACUGUCUGAACGAGCUGAACGAGCACAGUCUGGUGAAGGAGAUACAGCAGUACAUGAGAGAAGGACGGAUCUCCAGGUUAAGUUGUCCUGCCCAGUGGUCGGCUCUGUCCUUCCUGUUACUGUCCUCAGACUCAGACCUGGAGGAGUUUGACCUGAAGAAAUACCAACGCUCAGAGACAGCUCUCCUGAAUCUUCUGCCAGUGGUCAAAGCCUCCACCAAAGCCCUUCUUCAAUGCUGUGGCCUGUCCCCUCACAUCUGUGGUCCUCUGGCCUCAGUCCUCAGCUCCUCCAGUCUCACACACCUGGAUCUCAGUCACAACGACCUCCAGGACUCAGGAGUGAAGCAGCUGUGUUUGGAACUGAAGAGUGCUUCCUGCCGACUAGAGGCGCUCAGGUUGUCUGGAUGUCUGGUCUCAGAGAGGGGCGGGGCUUCUCUGGCCUCAGCUCUGAGCUCCACCUCCUCCCAUCUCAGAGAGCUAGACCUGAGCUACAACCAUCCCGGACCCUCAGCUGAGGUCCUGGCCUCUCUACGGGAUGACCCCCACUGCCCCCUGCAGUCUCUCAGGUUGGAUCCUGCUGGAGAACAGUGGAUGGUCCCAGGUCUGAGGAAGUAUUCCUGUGAGUUUUCUCUGGAUCCAAACACAGCUCACAGAAAACUCAAACUGUCUGAGGACAAACGGACAGUGACCUGUGUGAGAGAGGAGCAGCAGUAUCCAGAUCAUGAGGACAGAUUUACAGGCUACUAUCAGGUCCUGAGCUCCACUGGCCUGAGGGGGCGCUGUUACUGGGAGGUGCAGUGGAGUGGAGUGGUGGUUGAUAUAUCAGUGAGUUACAGAGGAAUCAGACGGAGAGGAGAGAGAGAGGAGUGUUGGUUUGGAGGCAAUGAUCAGUCCUGGAGGCUGAGGAUCUUUAGUGAACGUUACUAUUUCUAUCACAACAACAGACACACAGACCUCCCCUCCUCCUCCCCCUGUUUCUCAAGACGAGUGUCUGUGUUCCUGGACUCUGAGACUGGAUCUCUGUCCUUCUAUGAGGUCCGCUCUGAUGGAGAACUGUUCCACCUCCACACCUUCAGCUCCUCCUUCACUGAGCCUCUAUUUUCUGGGUUUGGGGUGUGGAGGGAAGGUGACUCUGUGUCUGUGGUGGAUCUGAGGAGAGACUUCUCUGACUCAUUCAUGAUAUGAAAAAGCAGCUUUUCUUCAUUCUUCUGCACAUAGAGAAAAUUGACUGGGGCAAGUCAUGUGUUUCAAAUCUGAUGUAAAAACAUUUUCUCCUCUUUUAGCCUCACACCUGUGAUUCUUCAAAACUGAGAGGAAUUAAAGUAGUGAGUCAAUAACAGGAGACAAGUAAAAGUAUUGUGUUUUUGUAUCUAUGGACUGAUGUAACAGUGAACUGUGCAAGUGGUUAAUGUGUCUGUUAUAAGAGAAACUCCUGGGUUUGUAAAUCGCUCAUGCUUCACUUUAAAAUGUGAUACUGUGUGUGUGGCUCAGAGAGUGGACAGUGUGAACUGCUUUUACUUUUGACUCAAUGUAACUGCAAUGUAUCAUUGAUUUGUGUAAAUCAGGGACUGCAGAUGGAAACUCACUGUUUAGCUCUAAUCUGGUGUGGAACAUCUCUGUUUUUAUGAUCUUAAUGUCUCUGUACACUGUCCCUU